GGUAACAGUGGCUUGACCGCUAGCUUGGUAGCUAACGUCAGAGUUAGCUUUUGUGUUAUUAAAACGUUAUAAUCAACAGGCAGCUGUGUAAUAAGGUUUCCUAAAAUAAAGCUACUUUAAAGCAACGGAAAGUAUGACGGAUAUCGAAGUUCAGGUUGAAGGCGAGCUCACCUCUGACUCAUUGUCAGGACAAGAGGAGGACAUGAGCGGUGAGAGGGAGUCAGACUGCACGGAGACUCUUCAAAACACCGGGCAAGAAGAGGCUAUGGAGCCCCUGUCGUUGUUGGCCGCCGUUGCUCUGGCGCCACCUGGUGGUAACUCUGCGACCUGCAGCUGUGACUGUGAGACCUGUGGCUCUCUGGAGGUCAACUUGAUGGAGAGGACCCUCCCGUCCAUGGAGCUGCAGCUCCAGUUCUUCAUGAGCAAAGCAGAUGACUUACACGACUGCAUUGUCAAUGGACAGUGUCAGGCAGAGAGUGAAGCUCUUGCUGAUGCAGUGCAGAGUUUCCUAUACACCUGUCAGCCUUACUUUAACCACCUGGAAUCCACAAGGGCCAUGUCCCAGCUCACCCUUCAACCUUAUGACAUCUACACAAUGCACAUGCAGCUGUUGGAUCUCUCGCAGCAGCUGUGUGACAGGUUGGAGCAGCUGGUGUUGACCUACGCCAGCUACAAUGUCCUCUGUUUGGACGAAAGCGAUCCUAACAGUCUGUCUCACUUCUGCAUCGGUCAGAGUCAGCUCGGUCCACUGAGGGUGACUGUGUUCCGCUACUGUAAGCCCACGCCGUUCCUGGCCCAGGUCGACACCGGCCUGUACAAACGCAUGCGGUGGAACGUUGAGAGAAUACGAGAUGGGCAGGAGACAGAUGAAGAGAGUGAUGAGUGGGAGGCAGAAUUAGAUGGCGACACAGACUAUUACUUCCUGUGCUACGAGGACAUUCCCAAUGCACAUGCAGAUGCUGACGAGGAUAGCCAUGGUGCCUCUCCUGGCAGCGUGGUGAGGAUGUGGUCCAUCGGUCAGUGGGUGCAGGUGAACCCCGACACAGACGACAUCUGUGACUGGUACACUGAUUUACAUUUCUUCAUUCACUGCUCUGCAGCUGCGUUUACUUUAGGAGACUAUUCAAUGCUCAGUUGUCUUUGGGGGAAACUGAAAGAUCUAGCAACAGCAAAGCAUAUCACACGUGCGUGUUCCUGUUUUGUUUCAGGAUCUUGUGCGACGUUCCUGAGGCUGACUAUCACAGGCUGUUGUUUCUGGGCAGCAAUGAGCCGUCUAGCUGCAAUGCUACAGACUACCUGUAUCAGCUGCUGCUGUCACAACACACAACAGAGUGAUGUAUUAGCACACACACGUCAUCCAUGCCUGGGAUCGUAGAAUAAACAGCAUGUGUAAAGAGACUGGACCAGUUUAGAACAAACAGGACGGUGCUGAUAAAUCCUCAGGCUAAUUCUUAAAGGGAUAAUUCGGAUCUUUUGAAGUUAGGUUGUAUGGAGUUCUUAUCCAUAGCCAGUGUAUUACAUACAGGAUAUGUCUGUCAGCAUUGCAGCAGCAAAAUGCAUUUUAGCCAACUAAUAAAACGCCCACCUAAAAAAAAUCUACAACAGUUUAUGUGUGUGCUACAUCGAGAAUAUUUUCACUGCCCUACCUUUACGUCACACUUCCUGUUCCAAGGUGGAAGCUGUUAAUGGCUUCAGUCCCCCAGCCAUGCUCUCUUCAAAACUAUUAUUUUGGCCCUCUAACAUGGGAACUGCUGGUCUGCUGCUGCCUCUAUCACUUCCGUAGUUUGUGUUAUUGUGUGGCGUCUGUGAAUCUGAACCCAAAGUCACAUAACAACAAAGAAAAAAUGACUGAUUGCAGCAGCAGUAGACCAGCAGCUCCUGUGUUCAGGGAUGUAAAAUCAAUGUUUUUCUCAAUUGAGUCUGGCCUUGAAGAGGGCAAUGUAACCGCUUCAGUUCCCCUUUGGAAAUUGCUGUGUGACGGAAUUGAAAAGCUAUUAAAAUAUACUAAAUAUAGUGUUGAAUUUAACCAAUAUUGAUUUUUAUAGGUGGAACUUUUUUGAGGUGACUGAAACGUGUUUUGCUGUUGACCUCACCACAGCAGUGCAUUGCUUAGCUUCCGUGUCAGACUCCAGCCUGCUUCUCCAAACUGGGGGUGUGCCGACUUACAUCUUCUGUAUGUAAUACACUGACUAUGAUGAAGUACGUCACACAAUCUCACUUCAGAGGAUGCAAAUAAUCCCUUAAAGUAAAUUUGUAUCGAUAAGUUUAUGGGUGAUUCUAAAGGUUGAACAUCUGGCGUCAUGUGCGUCUUGAUGUCUGAGCAGAAACACCAGAGCUGAAAUCACAAGCACAUCACGACUGUAAAUGUUGUGACACUUUUAGCCGGAGUUACAAGAUGCGUUCAGGACCUGUUGGUUUUUCCACUUUUAAAGCUGAAGAGGCCUCUGUUCUUAUAAUCUGCUAUGACCAAUCGUGGUUUCUAAAAAACAAAGCUUUAUAUUGAAGUUACGUAAAAAUAGUUUUAUGCCGUUUACUGUGUGGAGUGUGUUUAACUCUGAUGUUUGCUGCACACUCUUGUCACUUUGUUCAGUGUGUUGUUAAAAAGACUUUCUAAGAGAUUUUAAAUAAUGUUAAUGUUCACAUUUGUUACAACAGUUUUUAAGAGCCUUUUGUUGUGUUAUAAAGAAGUCCAGAAACGUUAUUAAAAAGACAUUUUAUUUACACAAAAUGUGGCAUUGAAAUAAUUAUACACAAUCACAGAUUUAUGUCUUUCAGAAAGUCCAAAUAAUAAAGAAAAACUUUAAAACAAGCUGCCAAGGUUCGGACUCCACGAGCAGGAGUGCCCAUGUACUUCACUUCAACAGAUUCAUCAAGCCUUUUAAAUCACUACUCAAAGACCUCACUUCAGUUUUAAUAAAUUAAUAUAUUCAAUGUGAGUUGUAAUAACUUUGAGCCUACAGAAGCAAUGCGUUUACUCGUAGUUCACUCUACUGUAUUCAGUUUGACCUUGCGAUCAUUCAGCUCAUCAGCUCUGUUGAUGGGACAUGAAGAAGAUCAUAAAACAAAGAAUAAAAUCUACCAUUUACAACCAUCAUCCUUCAUUCUCUAUUCCAUAAAAAUCUAUAUAUGACCCUUAAAGGGCUACUAUGCUUCUAAAUCUCUAAAGUACAAAAGUAAAGUGGAGUUUCCCUUCAUUACAGUGAGCAGUCUUUAAACAGUAUACACACAAAUGCUUACAAAAACACUACACAGACAUGUUUCAGAAAGCACAUUUAAAAAGUCCAGCUUCGUCAAAAAUACAGUGAGCGUCACGCGUCCUGCCUGGAGGAUGGGAAAGCAAACAUAUGAAAGCGCAAACACCUGCUUGCUUCUCAGCUGCUACACAUAGGCCUUGAUAAGAGAGUGGACAGAUUAGCAGGUGAUGGUGAAUGGGAAAUGUUUUUGCUGGAAUCAACAGUGUGAAAGUCUUAAGAGUCAAUUAAGGUUGUAAAAUGAUAAUUGCCGCACUGCUUUCAAUUUAAUAAUGAAACAAAAUCAGUCUUUUAUGCUAUUUGACACUGGAGAGCAGGGCAGCAACCCAAAAACUGACUGAAAACAAAAAGUGAUUCAAGUGGAAAUAAAUGUCAAAUUUUUCUGCGAGCAUUUCUGUGCCCAUUAUUUCGCUUUGCACAACAGGAAACUGAAUUUGUCCCAGAAAUCCCCUCAUAUUUAAACCUGUGAUAUAUUUAAACAUUGACUGACACACACACAGUAUCCAGACAACACACAGCACAGAUAUGAACAUUUACGACACACACUUCCAUACUGUAGCUCAUCACAGUUUCAACAACAAUACACAGUAGAGACCCAGAAUAACCUGAUAUCGAACCCCUGCCUCUUCCUCGUGUCACACAAUAACGUGACCCCUGACCUUCACAGCAGUAUCGGUUAAACCCUAGAGUCAGUCGCUAAAGUAAAUUCUGUGUACUGCACUAGUCUAGAAGGCCUUGUGUAAUAACCAGACAUCAUCUGUGUGUAGUCUGUGACUGAAAUACCAUCAUUAAGAUGUGAGCUUGAGAACCUAAGGAAGACUUAACAUAUGGAAGGAGUUAAUACAUGGCUGCAGAACCAGUGUCCAUAAAAGGCAUUUUCUGUAGAAACUAGCUUCAGCUGUGUUUCAUUUAACUGACGAAAUCUCGUCACAAAAUACAUGCACUUAUCUAAAACCUCAUUAGUGCCUGACUCCAGUGUUUCAAAGGGAAAAGCUUACACGUCACUCUGACCUUUGGUGAAGAGCUGUGAGAUCCAAACAGCUCAGACUGAGAUCGGGUAGCGAAAUGUGAUGAGCCGCCUCAUCUGUAAUCAAUACCUGUUUUUGAUCUCAGUUUGCAAACAAAUUCAUACUUAAAUUGAUACAAGACUGAAGUGCAAUCUCAGAAAUCUGGGACUCAGUGUCUUUUAUCACCAUUCAGUAGCAGGACAUCUCCAGUGUAUUCUCAUAUUAAAAUAAGGUGACAGCGAUAUGUGUGUAUCAACAGUUAUGGCUUCAAUUAAAAGGGCUGCAGGUGAGGAACACAAAGUUUAACAACCAAACCUAUCAGUCAAGUUACCUUCGAUUGAUAGAGGCCAUUUGGCACCGUCGGUGUGUGUGAGUGUGUGUGUGUGUGUGUGUGUGGAUGUGGCCACCCAUGGCACAAAGAUUUGGCAUAAUGAAAAGUGUCCUGUUUCAACCCUGUUAGUCAGUUGCAGUGAUGCAUCAUGGGCUUCUGUCAGAAAUCACAUGGUUUCAGGUGUGUGUGUGUUUAAAGGAUUGAAAUGUAAUGUUAUAGUCAGUGUUAAGUUUGUGUUUGCAGUGGUGUAGGAUGUCGAGUGUGACGUGACAGAGGUGCUGAGUUUCAGUGUGGUGUCGUGUUGGUUGACUUGAGAUGAGACACGGGUUCUUCGCUGGCAGCG